CCGUGCCGAGGCCGCAGCCGCAGCGUGUCCCGCUCUGUCCGCAGCUCCCCCCUGCUGAAGCUGCCGCUGCCGGGGACGGGCCCGGUGGAGUUCAGCACGCCCGUCAAGGAUUACACCCCCCCUGCGCCGGGCAGCGCCGUGCCAGCCGGGGAGCCUGCCGAGAGACCCGACUGGUACGUGGGUGCUCCCGUGGCCUACAUCCAGCAGAUCUUCGUGAAGGCCACCGUGUCCCCGUGGCAGAAGAACUUCCUGGCCGUGGAUGUGUUCCGCUCCCCGCUGGCCCGCGUCUUCCAGCUCGUGGAGGAGGUCAGGAACCACGCCCUGAGGGACAGUUCUGGAGUCAGGAGCUUGGAGGAGCUUUGCCUGCAGGUCACAGAUCUCCUGCCUGGCCUCAAGAAGCUGCGGAACCUGCUCCCAGAGCACGGCUGCCUGCUGCUGUCUCCAGGGAACUUCUGGCAGAACGACCGGGAGCGCUUCAAUGCCGACCCAGACAUCUUCAAAACCAUCCACCAGCAUGAGCCAAAGACCUUGCAGACGUCAGCCACCCUCAAAGACCUGCUGUUCGGGCUGCCGGGGAGGUACAGCGGGGUGAGCCUGUCCAACCGGAGGCGCGUGGUGUCCUACACCAUCACCCUGGGGCUGCGGCGCUACGACUCCAGGUUCCUGAGCAGCCUCCGCUCCCGCCUGAAGCUGCUGCACCCCAGCCCCAACUGCUCCCUGCGGGAGGAGAGCGUGGUGCACGUGCACUUCAAGGAGGAGAUCGGCAUCGCCGAGCUCAUCCCGCUCGUCACCACCUACAUCAUCCUCUUCGCCUACAUCUACUUCUCCACACGGAAGAUCGACAUGGUGAAGUCCAAGUGGGGCCUGGCCCUGGCUGCGGUGGUGACGGUGCUCAGCUCCCUGCUCAUGUCCGUGGGGCUCUGCACCCUCUUCGGCCUCACCCCCACGCUCAAUGGAGGGGAGAUCUUCCCGUACCUGGUGGUGGUGAUUGGCCUGGAGAACGUGCUGGUCCUCACCAAGUCCGUCGUCUCCACGCCCGUAGACCUGGAGGUGAAGCUCCGCAUCGCCCAAGGGCUGAGCAACGAGAGCUGGUCCAUCAUGAAGAACAUGGCCACGGAGCUGGGCAUCAUCCUCAUCGGGUAUUUCACGCUGGUCCCGGCCAUCCAGGAGUUCUGCCUCUUUGCCGUGGUUGGCCUGGUGUCUGACUUCUUCCUGCAGAUGUUCUUCUUCACCACGGUGCUGUCCAUCGACAUCCGGCGGAUGGAGCUGGCCGACCUGAACCGCCGGGUGCCCCCGGAGUCCAUCCUGCCCCCGGGGAAGCCGCCGUGCCGUUCCCGGGCGCCGGCGGCGCGGCCGGCGAGCGCGGCGAGCCCGCACACCAUCACCCUGCAGCCCUCGUCCCUGCGCAACCUGCGCCUGCCCAAGCGCCUCCGCGUCAUCUACUUCUUCGCCCGCACCCGCCUGGCCCAGCGCCUCAUCAUGGCCGGGACGGUGAUCUGGAUCGGGAUCCUGGUGUACACCGACCCCGCCGGCCUCCGCACCUACCUCACGUCGCAGGUGACGGAGCAGAGCCCGCUGGGGGAGGCGGGGCUGCCCCCCAUGCCCGUGCCGGGGGGGGUCCUGCCCGCCGGGGACCCCAAGAUCGACCUGUCGGUGUUCCCGUCGGAGCCCCUGCAGCUGUCGGAGAACCAGACACAGCAGCGGGAGCAGCAGCUGCAGCACAACCAGCCCCCCUGGGCCCAGGGCACCGAGGGCAGAGGCAACGGCCAGGGGGAGCUGGGCACUGAGGCAGAGGUGACCUGGGGAGCGGAGGACGAGGAGAUCUGGAGGAAGCUUUCCUUCAGGCACUGGCCAGCCCUCUUCAGCUACUACAACAUCACCCUGGCCAAGAGGUACAUCAGCAUCCUGCCAGCCAUCCCUGUCACGCUGUACCUGAACCCACAGGAGGCCCUGGAGGCGCGACAUCCCCAGGAGGCCUCGCGCUACCAGCCCUUCCUGGCCUCCAGCAGAGGGGACUCGGACACCGGCGCUCAGCCCGACCACACAGCCAAGCUCCAGGGCCACCAGGAUGUCACCCUUUACAAGGUGGCUGCUCUGGGUCUGGCCUCAGGCAUCAUCCUGGUGCUGCUGCUCUUCUGCCUGUACCGGGUGUUCUGCCCCAAGAACUACGGGCAGAACGGGCACGGCCGCAGGAAGAGGGGGGACCUGCCCUGCGACGAUUACGGAUACUCCCCCCCCGAGACCGAGAUCGUGCCCCUGGUCCUCAGGGGCCACCUCAUGGACAUCGAGUGCCUGGCCAGUGAUGGGAUGCUGCUGGUCAGCUGCUGCCUGGUAGGGCAGAUCCGCGUGUGGGACGCGCAGACGGGGGACUGCCUCACCGUCAUCCCCAAACCCAGGUUGCGGAGGGACAGCAGCGGCAUCUUCGACUACCAGGAAGGCUGGGAUCAGAGCCCGGACGGGAAGAACGGGCUGGAGGACUCCUUUGAGAGCGGUCACCAGCUCAAGAGGCUGCUGGGCCCCCCGCAGCCCCCCCUGUUCUGCGACCAGCCCGACCUCACGUCCCUCAUCGACACCAACUUCUCGGAGCAGGCGAAGGCGGCCGAGUCGGAGCCACGGCUGCGGGCCGUGGGCAGCCGCCACAAGGACACGGGCUACGACUUCAGCAGCCUGGUGGGGAAGGUGUACGAGGAGCACGGCAGCUCCGGCUGCAGGAGCGUGGCCUUCCCGGGGCUGCCGGGCCCGCACGGCCCCGCCGGGCUUUGCGGGAGCAGCGGCCGCGCCCCGGGCUGCGGCUCCGACGAGGCCGGGGGCGGCCGCCGGCGCAGCCUCGGGGACCGGAGCCUGGGGGACGAGUCCUGCGCCGGCUGCGAGAAAUCCUCGUCCCUGCCGGCCUGGGGAGGGGACCUGGAGAGCUCCAUCUGGAGCCUCGACCUGCAGGGACACCUGAUCGUGGCCGGCCGGAGCAACGGGAAACUGGAGGUGUGGGAUGCCAUCGAGGGCACCCUCCGCAGCAGCAAUGAGGAAGGACAGUCUGGAAUCACGGCCCUCGUCUUCCUCAACAACAGGUAAUUCCUUGGGCAGGGCUGGAG